UUUUCUGUAAUUAAUGAAUUUCUUCAUUGCCCUUACAGAACAUUUUUUUGGUUAGUUUUUUUUGUUUUGUUGGGUAAAAAGUGAAUUGCACAAAGAAGAAAGAAUUUGAGAGAAUUAUGUUCUCACAGUUGCAUCACCUAUUUCUGCUUUAUAUAAUUCACUUCAUCUGUUUAUGAAUGACCUUUCCUAAGGGGUAAAGUGGUCCAGGAUUAGUAGCUGAUUACUGCUACUAGAUGAUUUCUUCACCCCUGCACAAUAGAGGAGUGGGGCCACACUGGCAUUGAGUAAUCAACUAUGUAUUGUUGCACUGAGCAUGUGACAUUCUUAUUGAUUAGUGUGUAAAAAAUAGCUACAGCAUCAUAAUCCUCUUGCCCCUCCCCAGCCUGUCUUGAGGGAUAAAACUGUUAAGUGCCAAGCCUUCUAGAAAACUACUACGUCCACCCUUGGAGGAUGUUUCCUCUGCAGUUCCUCAGUUGCUUUUUCAUUGCCCUGACCACAGACAAAAAUGAAGAAAAAAAGAAACCAAAACAGGGCAAGCAUGACAUCUCUGUGUUUAAAAGGGGUGAUCUCCUGGAGGUUCCUCGAACCCUCUUCACCCAUUUUGGGAUCUAUCUGGGGAACAACCGCGUAGCGCACCUCAUUCCUGACAUCUUGCCAGUUAUCUCGGCUGACAAGAGUGCCAUCGCCAAGAUGGUGACCAACAACCGGCUUCUUCUCGGAGUCAUAACAAAGCAGGCCAGUGUCCGUGUGGACUGUGUGGAUGACUUUGCGUAUGGAGCAGAGAUUCUAGUGAACCACAUGGACAAGGUGUGUAGUCGGCUGCCGCUGGAUGGUGAAGAGGUGGCCAGGAGAGCAGAGAAGUUGCUGGGCUCAGUGGAGUACAGUCUGCUGUGGUACAACUGUGAACAUUAUGUCAUGUACUGCAGAUAUGGCACUAGCAUGAGCUUUCAAACCUAUCAGUUCUGCAAAAUCGUCCGGAAGAUUGUGUUCAGCAAGACAAGCUCGUUCCUGACCCUUCUGCUGUGCCUGUUCACUAUAGUUUAUCUGGGCUGUGUGUCUGUUUAUGGCAUCUUACUUACAGCGGUCAUCCCCUUCACCAUAUGGAUGGCAUCAUGAUCCCCCACAGGUCAAGAGAGGGCAAGAUUUAGUGAUAUUAAAGUAAUUUAUUGCAUAACAUUAUUAACUGCAUAUUAUGUGGUCUCAAUCAAUGAGGUACACACUAUGGUUCAUAACUAUUAUAACGGCACUAUUGCUGGUCUAAUCUAAUUGCGAAGGGGAUAAAAUUUUAUGUUUGUUAAGGAUGAUGGAAAGUUCUUGAUUGAACCUUUUUACCAUUAUGUGACUAUUCAUGCAUUAUGUGAAGUCAUUUAUUUUAAUAUUGUACAAUAAUUAAACAUCAAGUGGUCAAUGCUAAAUACAUUUUUUUUGGUUA